UCCACCGAGGCCGCACCGCGCCGCGCCGCAGUCUCCGCUCGCUCCCGAGGAAGCCCAGGGCGGCGGGCGGCGGAGCCCCGGGGCUGGGGGCGGGGAUCCAGGGACGACGCGCGGCCCCGACCUCCCCCAUUCCUUCCCAGUGUCUGGAAAUUCCCCUGACCACCCUGCAACCUAAACUGGCCUCCCAUUCCGCAGCACCGCCCCCACCCCCACUUCCCGGACACACCUUCGCGUGUCCUGGAGCCCUCGGAACCCCCUCACUCCUGCGAAUUCCCCUGCUAGACCCACAGAGCCACCAUUCUCCCUGGAUGUCCCCCAGUGUUUCCACCGCCCUGAAAUUCCUCAGAUCCUUCAUACCCUUAUUCCUUUUGCACCAUGCUCAAAUCCAAAACACUCGCUCACGUUUCCCGCAGCCCGCUCAUAUGUUUUGCGUGCCCACGGCCCCCUCUAACUCCCGCCCCCAGUCCACACCUAUCCCAGACCAGACCCCCUCCUCCCCUCCCACCUCACGGACUGUCAUGAUGUGCCCUGAUAUCUUAAAGAGAAGAGAAGGGGUCAGGAAAAGGUGCAAUGCCCCCCACCCCCCAGCUUACACCCUGUAGUUCUUGCCUUCACCCCCAGCUCUCUGUUGGUGGCUCAAGCCCAGUGUUUUCCCAGCCGCCUGGCAAUAGGCUGUGACCCCUCCCGCAGUCUGCUUUCUCCUUCCAGAGAAUAAGCCAGGCCGAGAGGGCGGGGGUCCUUUUACCUGGAGAGUUGUCCAAGGAUGCGGAGCACAGGGGCCCUGGGCAAUGACAUUGUUGUUCCAGAGCAGGAGGGUGGCAUGUCAAGGGUCCCGGCUUGUGGACUUGUCUACCUGAGGCCAGAUCCCUGAAAUUUGGUUUAUUGUUAGCAUUUAUGUUAAAAUUUUAGGACUUUCAGAGCUUGGAGAACAGAAAAUUGAUCAAGCUUCCAAAUGUUAGAUUGAAGGAGCCUGUCUUGGGAAAGGAAAAUGUCGAUUUUAAUGAUAUUUGUCCUACAUCCUGCCUCUAGAGAUUAUUUAAGCUAGAAGCUUUACAGAUAUUACACAGUGUACAGAUGUUUCCCUUAAAAACUAAGGCCUUGGUGUGGGAGUUGGAGGUGUUGGGGGGGAUUGACUUGGCAGUGUCUCUCAGAUACUUGCUAGCAACAAAACAGAUUCGAAUGUUGCCUUCCUGAAUCUUAAACUAGCUCUCUUUCCAACACAUUAUAGUGUCGUUUUGAGAAAGCUCUUUGUGGGGUUCAAGUUCUCUGCAAAGGUAAGGUGGUGGUUUUGGUGUUGGUUGUAACAGGAUUCAGAUGGGGUCUGAAGGCAACUUAAAAGGUCUUGGGCUGUCUCAGACUUCAGACUCAUUGGUGCUCUGGGAGUCUCUCUCUCAGGGCCUCUGGGGCUUGGAAUUAGUGGUCCCUUUGCCCUUGAUCUCACUUUCUUCAUUGGUUUUUCUGUUCCAUUAGGACCUGGAACAGAUAUCCAGAUGGGAUGGACUAAAAGCGAGUCAGGUUCCUUAACAAUUGGAGGGCGGGCUGGCUGCUCUGACACCAUGGGGAGCUGCUGCAGCUGCCUGAACAGAGACAGCGUCCCAGACAACCACCCCACCAAGUUCAAGGUGACAAAUGUGGAUGACGAGGGGGUGGAGCUGGGCUCCGGAGUGAUGGAGCUGACGCAGAGCGAGCUGGUGCUGCACCUGCAUCGUCGUGAGGCUGUCCGCUGGCCCUACCUCUGUCUGCGGCGCUAUGGCUACGACUCCAACCUCUUCUCCUUUGAGAGUGGCCGCCGGUGUCAGACGGGCCAGGGGAUAUUUGCAUUCAAGUGCUCCCGGGCCGAGGAAAUCUUCAACCUCCUUCAGGAUCUGAUGCAGUGCAACAGCAUCAAUGUGAUGGAAGAGCCAGUCAUCAUCACUCGCAACAGCCACCCGGCUGAGCUCGACCUCCCUCGGGCCCCCCAGCCGCCCACUGCUCUAGGCUACACUGUCUCCAGCUUCUCCAACGGCUUCCCGGGCUGCCCGGGAGAGGGCCCGCGGUUCUCAGCGCCCCGGCGCCCCUCGACAAGUAGCCUGCGACACCCCUCGCUUGGGGAAGAGUCCACCCAUGCCCUCAUUGCCCCUGACGAACAGUCCCACACCUACGUCAACACGCCGACUGGUGAGGAUGACCACCGCACGAGCCGGCACUGCCUGCAGCCCCUGCCUGAGGGUCGGGCACCCUUCCCUCCUCAGGCCCAGGGCCCCGAUGCACGGGACCCGCAGGUGUUCUUGCAGCCAGGCCAGGUGAAGUUUGUGUUGGGCCCGACCCCUGCUCGGCGGCACAUGAUGAAGUGCCAGGGCCUCUGCCCCAGCCUGCAUGACCACCCCCAGCACCACAACAACAAUGAGGGCUCUUCCGAGUGCCCGGCCCAGCCCAAGUGCACCUAUGAGAACGUCAGCGGGGGGCUGCGGCCAGGGGCCAGCUGGAGACUGAGCCCAGAGGAGCCGGGCUGGACUGGCCUUGCCCACCGCAGGGCCGCCCUGCUGCACUACGAGAACCUGCCCUCCCUGCCCCCUGUGUGGGAGAGCCAAGCCCAGCAGCUGGGGGAGGAGGCCGGGGAUGAUGGGGACUCGAGGGACGGGCUCACACCCUCCUCCAAUGGCUUCCCUGAUGGCGAGGAGGACGAGACCCCCCUGCAGAAGCCCACCAGCACCCGGGCUGCCCUCCGCAGCCACAGCAGCUUCCCUGUGCCACUGACCCGCCGCCGAGGCUCCCCGAGGGUCUUCAACUUUGAUUUCCGCCGCCCAGGCCCUGAGCCCCCAAGGCAGCUCAACUACAUCCAGGUGGAGCUGAAGGGCUGGGGCGGAGACCGUCCCAAGGGGCCCCAGAACCCCUCAGUCCCCCGAGCCCUUGUGCCCACCACCCACCCUGCCCGCAGCUCAGAUUCCUAUGCCGUGAUUGACCUCAAAAAGACCGUGGCCAUGUCCAACCUGCAGAGGGCUCUGCCCCGAGAUGAUGGCACCGCUAGGAAGACCCGGCACAACAGCACCGACCUGCCUCUGUAGGGACUUCCCUCCGCCCCGCCACGGUCCAGCCUCCGCCUCACGUUCCGUCCUCUGAACCCACACUCCCAGGGUUCAAGGUCGCUUCACAGAAGGGCAUUGAGGUGGGACCAGAUGCUUCCCCGUGCUGGUCGGAGUCCCUAAAGAUAUCAGCCACUGAGUGUCCUGGUCUCCAAGUUGGGGAGAGAAGAGGGUGACCAGGCAAGGAGGGAGCCACGAUGGAAACUGUGAAGGGUCCCUGUGAUUGCAUUUAGCACCCUCCCGUUAUGUCCAUUUGUCUUGUCUGCCGUCUGCGUGUUUUUUUUGGUUGAAAUUUUGGAACAUUUUGUACCUGUUGAUUUUAUUUAUCAGUUUAUUUUUCUAUUUAUUGUUUUAA